AUCUUACUUCAGAGUUAUUUUCCUUAAAAUACUUUUUGAUGGCUGUGUAAAUUGUUCGUAACAAUCGUCUAUUUUACUUUACUUGAAAUAGCGUACAAAUUGCAAGAGCGGAACAUGGCGAAAAUUCCUGGUGAUGUGUACAACGCUCGUUUUCAAUUAUUUCACGACGAUCUGAUAAGAAAGGAAAACGCGAUACGGAUAAAGUGGUUUAUAAAAAAUCAACAACGAUUGAUAGAUCAGUUAAAAGAGCCGAAAUUCACGAAACGAGCCAGGGAAAUAAUUGCGGAGUCUAAGAAACGAGCAGCAGCUCGCGUACAACGGAAGCCCUUACCUCUUUGGAGGCCACCCAGAUCUGACGGUUCCGUCAAUAUAGAUAGCAUGAAACCGAUCGAUCCCGAUGUAAGAGUCAUCCUUUAUGAGAAAGGAAUCCCAACCUUUAUCACUACUCACAAUUAUUUAACUGAAAGAUAUAAAGAACCCCCGGAGAAGCGUUUCUAUUUUCCCGAUUGUACGAAUUGGAUAUACGGUUGGCGACUUGACGAUUAUCCUCCUGUCCCACUUAGCAAAGUAGGCCUGAAGUCUGUCAUGUUAGCACAAUUUUAUCAGCGUAAGGCGUAUAAUCUGGAGCGAGAUCCAGAAUGGUUUCGUGGUUGUCAAAUGAAGAGUGCGAGGAAUUUGAGUGAAUCAUUGACACUUUAAUUAGCAACUAAUCUAACACUUGUACAGAAUUAUAAAUAUAUCUAUUACGAUCAUCGAUAUUUCGGUACUAUAUUUUCUGUGAAUAGUUUGUUACAUAUUUUAACAUGACUACAAUUUUUAUAAUAAAAUAGGUAAAUUUUAUA